AUGCAGAAGGUGCCCCCUGACCGUGAUGCCAACCUGGUGCAGCCCCAAGAGCCCACCUCCUUGGCCCAGCAACUCUCGCUCCCUCACCCACAUGUCCCUGAGAACCUGGGUGCCGGCACGGGUCUCGGCCAGACCCUGGAGCGCCUGCGGGGACAAGCGUGCCACACCCUGAAAGCCUGCGUUGACAAAGACAAUUCUGGUGCCACAGUCCUGCACCUGGCUGCCCGCUUCGGCCACCCCGAGGUGGUGGACUGGCUGCUGCGUCACGGAGGUGGGGACCCCACCGCAGCCACAGACACGGGCGCCCUGCCCGUCCACUACGCCGCCGCCAAAGGAGACUUCCCCUCCCUGAGGCUUCUCAUCGGGCACUACCCUGAGGGAGUGAAUGCCCAAACCAAGAACGGUGCCACGCCCCUGUACCUGGCGUGCCAGGAGGGCCACCUGGAGGUGACGCAGUACCUGGUGCAGGAGUGCGGCGCGGACCCGCACACGAGCGCCCACGACGGCUGCUGCCAGAUCCUGGUAGUGAACGGCGCGGAGCUGGACGUCCGCGACCGCGACGGAUACACGCCCGCCGACCUCUCAGACUACAAUGGCCACAGCCACUGCACCCGCUACCUGCGCACCGUGGAGAACCUGAGUUUGGAGCACCGCGUGCUGUCGAGGGACCCGUCCACCGAGCUCGAGACCAAGCAGCCCGACUCAGGCAUGUCCUCGCCCAACACCACCGUGUCCGUCCAGCCACUGAACUUCGACCUCAGCUCGCCCACCAGCACCCUCUCCAACUACGACUCCUGCUCAUCCAGCCAGUCCAGUAUCAAGGGCCGGCGUCCCCCGCGCGGGCUUCCGAGAGCCAGAGCCGCAGAGAUACAGAGCUACAUGGACAUGCUGAGCCCGGAGCUGAGCCUGGCCCAGGGCAAGAUGGAGAAAACCACACCGCCGCCGCCACCCAGCUUCCCGCCGCCACCCCCGCCCCCAGACACCCAGCUGCCCCCUCCCCCUCCGGGCUACCCGGCCCCCAAGUCCCCCGCAGGGCUGCAGGCAGCUGACAUCUACAUGCAGACCAAGAGCAAGCUCCGCCACGUGGAGACCACGGGCUUCCGGAAGGAGGUAGUGAGCCUUCGCCUACCGCCUGCCUCUCAGCGCCCGGGCUGGUGGGGGUCAUGGAGGCCAAGGACUGCCCGGCUCCUGGGCACCCGACAGGGGUCCCUGGGCACCAAGUCUUUCAACAUGAUGACCCCGACCGGUGACAACGCGGAGCUGCUGGCUGAGAUCAAGGCUGGCAAGAGUCUGAAGCCCACGCCUCAGAGCAAGGGUCUGACCACCGUGUUCUCCGGCAGCGGGCAGCUGGCUUCCCAGGCCACCCCCGCGCCAGGGGUGCAGCUCGACGUGGAAGCGCUCAUCCCCACGCACGAUGAGCAGGGCCGGCCCAUCCCCGAGUGGAAGCGCCAGGUGAUGGUCCGCAAGAUGCAGCUGAAGAUGCAAGAGGAGGAGGAGCAGAGGCGGAAGCUGACAGCCGCCAGCUCGUGCUGCUACCCCCGCGAGGGCUGGAGGUACUCCCGCGAGUACAACGGCAUCCUCGGGCCCUUCGGCGAGCUCAUGACCGAGGCCGACAUCCUCCGCAUCGAACAGCAAAUCGAGAACCUGCAGGUGCUGCACAAGGCGCAGAAGCUGGAGGCGCGCCUGAAGCAGCUGGAGCUGGAGCUGGAGCAGCUGCUUCCCAUCUCAGCCGCGCCCCCGCGCUACGACAGCCUCACCCUGGACCUCUUCAUGCUCGGCUACUUCCAGCUGCUGGAGAUGGGCCUGAGCCGCGAGGAGCGCAAGUUCCGCCACCUGCUGUGCUACGAGAUGUUCGACCGGCUGGGCAGCCACCCGUGGGAGCUCAUCCGUCGCUUCCACCGCGUGGUGCUGGAGGAGGUGGAGGCUGGCCGGCGGGGCUGGAGCGACGGCUUUGAGGAUCUCAGGCAACAGUUCUUUGGAGACGGCCCGGACGCUCAGCGCCCUUGGGAGGAAGAGGCCGAGAAGGAGCAGGAAGAGAAGAAAGAAGAAGAGGAGAAAGAGGUGGAGGAGAAGGACGAGGACGAGGAGGAGGAGAAGAAGGAGGAGAAGGAGGGGGAGAGGGAGCAGGCCCAAGAAGCUGCUUCAGCUCAGACGGACUGGCCAGAGGGGCAGCCGGAGGCCCCGGCCCCCGCUGAAGACCCCCUGGAGCUGUUUACUGAAAUGGGCGAGUUCAGCAACGAGGACAUCUGCCGGUACAUCGACCGCAGCUUCUCCUUCUGGAAGGAGAAGGAGGCGGAGCUUUUUGACAUCUGAGCCGAAGAAUUCAGAUUUCCCCUCACGCACCUUAGCCUGGGCCUGGAUAUCUGCCUGGAUGCCUGGAUGAUGCGCUCCGAAGUCAGAAGCUAACCAAGAACCCUGGAGGGUGGCCUUGGAAAACCCAGGACCAGGCGGCCUGGCCACUGAGGUCGCAUCAUGGCCGGCUGUGGGGAGUUGGCCGGAUAGGCCAGGCGUGGCACAGGGCAGACCAGGAGUGCCCUCCGGCCCUGCAGCCUUGCCUGGCUCCGUGUGGAGCCAGGUGGAAGGAGCAGCCCCUCUGAGCGAGGGACUGUGGGUCCCCCUUGGGGCUGUGUGGCUCUCCACCCCUCUCUGGAUUUCACUGGGGUUCACAGCUACCUCUUUGGUGAAGGUGGGGGAGCCAGGUGUGCAGUGUUCCGUGUGACGUGUUCUCUGUAAGGUGCGAGUAAUAAAACCCUUCGCUCUGA